AUGGAAGAAGUAGAUGAAGUACUAUGGAAUGAAAAAAUCCAGGAAGAAAAAGAAGAAGAGGAAAUGGACGAUGAAGAAUUAGAGAAACAUGAUUAUGAAACCAUUAAGAUAUUGUUGAUGGCAAUAGAAGCAAUAGCUCAAGUGCUAAAUGCUUUAAUGGCUCUCAUACAUGAUGGUCAUAUUGAACGUUUGUUAGCUCAGACGCCCAAUUUCUACAAUUGGGUACAAUUAUAUAAAUAA